UUUUGGAUUUCAGGAAUCUUGAUAUACACCGACAGUAUCGAUGAACAGCAAAGAAGGCACAGGCAAAUGUUUUAUAUGAAAAGCAGCUGUCGUUUUUCCUAAGACAAAGCCUAGAGCCUCACAAGUUUCGAGCAGCAAAUAUAUACAAAUUGGAGCUGCAAUUUAAUCAACAGAAUCCUUCUUCCAGUACAUGCUAUGCAUUGCGGUGUUUGCUCCUUUUUCAGAGGAUCGUCCGGCUUUCUCCCAGGAUGUUAGGCCAGGAAUUUCGUUCAACCCGUGUGCUAAGAAGUGAAUGCUUGCGGUCGACCUCAAGUCUGAAAUGGUCCAUGAAAAGAGACUUCCGUUUGGACGAAGUUCCCAUCACAGCCAGUACUGCAACUCGUCACCGAUCUUGAAGACUGAAGACAUUCAAAGAUGUCUUCCGGGUUCGAAGCAGACGCACCAAACACCAGACUGUACCUUCCGGUUGCUGUCUGUGAAUCAAUGCAAUUGCAUAUUAGAAGCCUCGCCGGUCAGGGAGUCCAAAGGUAUUCAACUCUUUCAACUCAAGGUAAAGAUUCAUUCCACGACCCUGAACAUCAAGCUUUCAAAAGCUUUUGAAAGCAGGGUCGAAGGGUCCAUAGGCUUUUUUGAUAGCGUGUCGUAGUUUGCGCAACCACCACCUCCUUCCUCACGCUCUACCCCGAGUUCGAAAUGGAGCAAUUUAUGAUCUACCUACUAGCACGUAAAGCACCAAUUCUCACACUACAGAAAACAGCAAUCACAUCGUUUUGUUGAAGCUCCAAGACCAUGUUGCAUGAUAAACCUUGUGAAUAUCGCCAUCAGCUAUGAUCAGGCUGGAAUCUAGUACGUUCUACAGGACUUACUUUCCGCUUUGGACGUCUAAUACGGAGGCAAUUUACUUGCAUCACCGGCAAGUCGGAAACAAAGUUCAGCUUUCUUGUAUGAAUAUGGAAUCGGAG